CCGUUGGUGCAGCCGUUGCCUGGGAACGGCCGUCGGAUGCAAACAGAAGCAGGGCCCAGCGUGACGCUCGCUGGAAGGAGGGUGAAGGUGAGGAUGGAUGGGUCAAGUGAAGUUACACCAGAGGUGCCAACUGGGGGAAGAGCAGGAGUAAGCAGUGAGCCCACGGAGACAUCCCAAGAUGGACGGACAGCUCGGGAGACGGCCGUGCUGCCUAAGCAGGCAGAUUGGACAGGAGCAGAGGAGUAUCCUGAUAUUGGAGCCUGCCCUGAGAGCGGUGACCGCCUUGCUACUGCCAAGGAGAAGGAAGGAGCACAGGAGGAUGCUGCAGCAGAUGCACCGUUGGGUGUCCUGUGGUCUCCUUCAGGGAUGGGGACCCCAGGUACCCUGCCCAGCACCUGGGCUGGGAAGCAGGACACAGCCACCUCAAGGACUGCGCCGGGGGAAGGCACUGCUGGGACAUCAUGCCUGGAGGGUGCCGGACCCCCUGGGCCACCCCCAGCACUGCCUGAGCCCAAGGGGGGCAUUUCCAACCCUUGCUCAGGUUGCGAGGAGCAGGAGACGCAGCAGAGGAGCAGGGAGGACGACUGGCACGAUGGCUCUGCCAGCUUGCUGUGGGCGGCCAGGCCAGGCAUGCUCUUCCAGGAGGACAAGCAGACCAGACUUCACCCCCUCAGCCUGUCCUGGGUGUUGGGCUACAACAGCAGCCUGGCCGUGCACAGCCUGAUGGACGGGGAGGACCGGGUGCUCCUGUACGUCUCCUCCCACACAGCGGUCAUCCACGACAUGCUGGGGAACAGGCAAUACCACCUGCAGGGCCACACAAAUGUCAUUUCUUGCCUGUGUGUGAGUGAAGACAGGCGCUGGGUUGCAACUGCCGACCGAGGGCCAGACGCUCUGAUCAUCGUGUGGGACUCCUUCUCUGGGAUACCGGUGCGCACCAUCUUUCACAGUCAUCCAGAGGACGGGGUCAGUGCUAUUGCUAUUUCCCAGAACACAAAGUAUUUGGCAACCGUUAGUGCUGGUACAGUGCAGAGAGUUUGUGUUUGGAAGUGGACUUUGCCCACAGAGAAACCCAUGUGCAGCACCGAGCUGAGGCCUGAGUUUGGACACCAGGAUUAUGUCAUUUUUAACCCCCAAAAUCCCAAUGAGUUUGUCAGCAACAGCAAAACCCAGGUGAUAUUUUACCUGUGGGGCGAUGCUGGUUUGCAGUACAGCGCACCGCUCCUGAGCAACCAGACCUUCAAGAGCGUGGUGGGACACUUCAGCCAGUCAGUUUUUCACUUUAACAACUCACAAGCUCUGACGGGCACCUCGGCUGGGAAGCUGGUGGUGUGGGACACAGUCAGUCCCUGCACCCCUUCCAAGGAAUUGCAAGUCAAGCCACACAGCGUGAAGGCCACCAAACUGGUGCCUAUGCAGAAGGACAGCCUUACCGUCCUCAUGGUGUUCGAGAGCUGCAUAGUAACAGGUGAUGUAAAAGGCCAGGUUAAAUUCUACGAUGGACAGCUGCAGCUCCUUGCCUGCUACAGCCACAGCAAAGUGGGUCCCAUUCAGUCCAUCUCCUUCUCCAAAACUCCUCUGGAUCCUCCCGGUGCCUCCCCAGCCUGCCCCACCUCCUGCACCGGCAGCAGCCAGCCCUUCGUUGCCAGGAACUUUAUCCUUUCAACCUCUGAUGCAACCGUGCUCCAUGUUGCAACAGACAGGGCAAACUUUGAAAAAGUCAUGGAAGAGGCGAAGAAAGCUGUGAAUGCUGUCGCCUGCCACCCCCGGCAGGCACUCGUUGCCGUGGGGAGUCACUGUGGGCUGCUGAAGCUGUGGGACUACCAGCAGACCAAGUACCUCGUUAGCAGGAUAUUCCCCGAGGCCGGCAUCCAGUGCUUGUCCUACGACCCUGAAGGUUAUUUCCUGGCCGCUGGUUUUACUGAUGGAAGUGUUUACAUCCUCGAUGCCAUUUCCCUUCAGUCCAGCUGCAAAGAGUUCAAGUUCUCGCAUGGUCCCGUAACUCAUAUUGGCUUCUCUCAUGACUCGGAGUACCUCGCAACUGCUGAUGAGAAAUACUCGGUGACUGUUUACAAGAGAGUCCUGCGAAAUGGGAGCAGAUGCUGGGAACACCUAGCAGGGCUGCACUCCCACUACAAACCCAUCCGGAGCAUCCUCUUUGGGGUCCAGUUAGACGGCAACGAGCCCAGGCUCCUGAGCCUUGGGGAGGACCGGCAGCUGGUUGAAUAUGACCUGAACACCAGCAGCAAGGACCACUUGGUGGUCUUGCACAGGGACCGCAUAGAGCAGGUUGCUGUGCCCCUGUGCUUGGCGUGGUACCCACAGCUCAGCACCGAGUCCUUUAUCCUCACUGCCAACAACUGCUACAAAAUGAAGCUUUACAACACGACAACCAAAAUGUGCAGAAAGACCCUUUUGGGACCCACCUAUGGCUCCCCGUUGGAGAAGAUACAAAUCCUCCCAACAACAAACGCUACGGACCCCCAGAAAUGCUACCUGGCGUACGUUACAAAGGACAAGGUGGGCUUGCAGAUUUUGCCUGUCGAUGGCAACCCCCACAAGUCCUCAGCGUUCAUUUGCCACCCGGAUGGUGUCUCUGACCUUGCCACCUCCUACGACGGACGCUACAUCUUUACAGUGGGGGGGAGCGACUGCACUGUUAUGAAAUGGGAGGUCAACCUAAAUGCCUUGGAUGCUGCCGCUUCCCUGGGCGGGGAGGACUUGAUCCCAUUCUAUGACCUACUGGAUGGCGGCAAAGAAGGGGAAUUCUUCAGGGAACUGGAAGACUAUUUUUACUAUGCACAGCUGUGCAGCCACGGUAUCGAUACGCUGGAGACCAGACAGGUGUCAACGCAUAUCCCCUUGGAGGAAAUUCCUUCUGUAAUGAGAGCAAUGGGAUUUUAUCCAUCAGAGGAAAAGAUUGAAGAAAUGAUAAAUGAAGUAAAAUUCAGCAAGUAUGUGGAUACCGGAGAACAAGUGACAAAAAUCAAUUUAGGGGAUUUUAUCAAACUUUAUAUAAAUCAUCGACCUGCAUUUGGCUUGUCAAUGAAAAAAAUACAGCGAGCGUUUCAGGUUCUUGGUUAUGAUAAUGAGAAUGGAGACAAAGUUAUUGACAGAGGAGACUUACUGUUGCUGCUUCAGUGCAGAGGAGAGCACAUGACAGAGGAUGAGCUGGCGUGGUGUCUGACCACCCUGCUGGGCAAGCAUCCUGGGGAAGGAGGAUCUGAUCCGGAUACCUACGAUCCCUCGGGUGCAGCAGCUUUGACUGAAGAAGAAAUUCCAGCAGAAAUCACAGCAGAGAUAUUCGCUGCUGACAUUCUUGGCUUACCUGUUGCUGAACCAGAAAAGAACAGAAAGAAGCGAUGAAUCUUUGCUCUACAGACACAGAAGCAUAGCUGCCACAAAGUUUUCUACUUGUUCCUACUCUCCAGUCUCUUCUCCUCACAUAUCUUCAAAAUAUUUGUGUUUAUUAAAAAGUAAAGAUCAC